GACAUUCGAAUAUCAGUGAUCUACUAUCGUCAGUGCGAGUUUGACAACGAACGUGACAAAUUUAAUUGCCUCAUAAAAUUUUUCGAAAAUGUUCUACCAACUAAAAGUUUUCUUCAUAACUCUGAUUGUUGUCGUUUGCUGUUUCUGUUUAUUUGCUACGAUGACUUUUCAUUACUUCGAAUUGGGUGAAAAUUCAAUCCGAACAGUAAAACAAGAUGGCACGCAUGCGAAGCGAAAUUCACACGUGGAUAAUCCUAUUCCGAUUCACCAGGCCUAUUCAUCGGUUUCUUUUGUUGGCCGCGUAAAACGCCAGGCAAAAGAGAGCUUGGAAAAAAUUUCAAUUCCCGCUACGGAAAUUACAAAAAGUAGUCAACAGAUACUAUUCACUCCCCCGCUUUAUGGCGUUCCAGAGUCUAUAAAUUCCUAUCAGAUGACGGGUCAGCAGCAAUUCGCGCUACCGCAUUACGGGCCUCUCCCGGACGACGCAGUAUCCUCUGUUCCUGCAUUUUCGCAAUUCCUGCAGCAGUCGCAGCAACAGCAGCCGAUAAUGCAUUUACAGAUAGGCACGGACAACCAGAUGAUGCGGCCCGUGUGUUUCAUGAGUCAGGGAAAUCCGCCUUACCCCAACGCUCAGCCUUUUUAUUGCACCUACAUUCCGAUGCCGCCGACCUAUCAGUUUCCUGUAGUGCCUGGAAUCACCAAUUUCAAUCAAGCUAUCCUCGGGUCUAGUAAAGGAAAUAGCGAGCAGGAUGAUCUUGUGAGAGCCCAGUUCGCCAAUCCCUUCGAGCACUUGUUCAAAGAGUACAUUCGAGAGUGCCCAGUUAGUUUUUAUCGCUGCAACGACGGCUCGAAAUGCAUUUCAAAGCUGCAAUGGUGCGACAGUCGCGUCGAUUGUGAGGACGCGAGUGACGAAACUAAAUGUUCGUGUCGAGAGCGCAUCGGCAGAGAACGGCUGUGUGACAAUUACCAGGACUGCCCUCAUGGAGAAGAUGAACUUGGCUGUUUUGGCUGUCCAAAGAGCUCGUUUAGCUGCAAUGACUCGUCCAGCUCGUUAUACAACAAAGGCAUCAGCUGCAUCUCGCAGGAGCAACGCUGCGACGGAAUCAGACAAUGCGCCAAUGGUAAAGAUGAAGAACUUUGCACCAUCUUGACUGAGUCGUACACCGGCGGAAACGAGAUGUAUCCAGUGGGUUACGAUGUUGGAUUUCUGCGCAAAAACUUACGAGGCAUUUGGUAUCCAGUAUGUGGUCACGCGUAUACAUGGGCUAAAGAGGCUUGCACUGCUGAACUUGGAUUAAUAAGCGAAGACCCGCAGAUAGAAAUGGUGGUGAUGCCCAAUCAGCGCGAGAUAGGUCCCUUUUUGAUGCAAGACGGCUACCUCGGCAAAGUCAUCCCCGAGUGUCCCACCGAGAUCACCUACGUCCGCUGUCCGGGACCUUCGAGCGACGCGAAUGUCGUGCGACCCUGGUCCAACGACGACGAAGUCUACCUGUCGUCGAGCAGAAAAGCCGGUGGCAAUUUCACAGCCGGGUCCGAUCCGAUAGUCAGCAUCGUUGGCGGCCACAACAGCUCGCCUGGUGCCUGGCCUUACAUCGUUGCAAUCAAUAAAAACGGCCGCUUUCAUUGCGGUGGCGCCGUGCUGAGCGAAUGGUGGGUGCUCAGCGCGGCCCAUUGUUUAACCGACGCCAGGAAUCAUUACUACGAGAUCGAGGCGGGAAUGCUGCGACGUUUUUCGUACUCCCCGGCUCAACAGAUCAGACGAAUCGACGGGGUGAUAAUUCAUCCGAAAUACGAUUCCACGACCCUAAAGAACGACAUUGGUUUGGGGCUUCUCAACGAGCGGCUAUACUUCAACAGUUGGGUGAGACCCGUUCGUCUUCCACAGUUGGACGGUCAGAUUUUUGGUUGGAGACAAGAGCCCGUUUCGGGAACCAUCUGCGUAGCAGUAGGCUGGGGUUCGAUGGAAGAAGGAGGAGCCGAUCCCGACCAUUUACGAGAAGUCGAAGUGCCUAUAAUAAAAUGCCAGCAUUGGGAAGACAGAAAUAGCGCAGAGAUUUGCGCAGGACUGAUGCAAGGAGGACGAGACGCUUGUCAAGGCGACAGUGGAGGUCCUUUGAUGUGCAGAAUGUCUGAACCAGACUCCGGCUGGUACAUCGGGGGGAUAGUAAGUCAUGGAAUAGGAUGCGGACGACGAAAUGAGCCUGGAGCGUACACAAAAGUUUCUCACUUUGUCGAUUGGAUAAACAGUAUCAUGAACAGUCGAAAAGCACCUGCGGCUUUAAAUCGACCGCGCACCGUUUGCCCGGGCUUCAGCUGUAAUCAACCCUACGCCCGCUGCCUCAUGGCCAGCAGACGCUGUGACCGAGUAGCGGACUGCCUUGAGGCCGAGGACGAGAUCAACUGUCCGUUCUUCACGAGUCUGUUGAAUAGUAUUCUUGGGCAGCCGCAGGAAAGUACUAGUACAGCAUCUACGAUUGGGACGCAGUGAGAGAGAUAAUACCCGGCUAAUAGCUAAUGUUCGUAAUUACUUAUAGGGAGAAGUUGCACUUGUGUGCUAUAUGGUAGAGAACUUUGAGAUUUUAAAUUUGAUGUAGCUCAGGAAAUGAUUUCUUGUGAUAAAUUGUCGAGGUCGUGUUGAGGCUAUUAGUAAGGCUUUUCAGCUAUUUUAUGCUCUUGAAACUUUCGCAGUGAAGUAUGCAAAGGGCUGUAGUAUACUUAAUUAACUUAAAUUAAGCGGUUUUAACUUAGUUGUUUCAUAGCUAUGAGUUACAAUUUGAAACAGAUAAAAAGAGAUAUCACUUUAAAGUAACUAAUUAUCACUUAGUUGUUCGAUGACUUUUCGGUAGGCGCAGAAGUUGCAGGCCUGCAAAUGAUGAAAUAAGUAUUAAGCCCUCCAGCACUACGGGAAGAUGAUCGAGAAUCUUCAAAAGCCACUUUUCACCAAAGAGUCUUUUCACUUUGAGCAUGCACGUCGCAUCAAACUUUAAAAAUAAUUUUUAACUUAAAAUCGCAUUGUAUAUUUGUAGGGAUCUCCUCUACUUCAUUGAAUCGAUAAGAUAUAUUAUAGGUAUCAUGUAACAAUCAA